AUGUCAAGUUUUCUUCCAUCAUCAUCUCAUACAAAUGCUGCUAGUAGUGGUAUGAAUACAUUGCAACGUUCAACAGUGAACAAUGCUGCAGCUGAUGCAUUACGAAAAAAAAUGCAACAAUUACGUGAUGAACUUGAACAGGUUAAAGAUGAUUUAGAACGUUCACGUAAAGAUUUAGAAAAAGAACGAAAUGCUCGUGAAACUGCUGAUUCUGAAGUUAGUCAAUUAACACGAAAACUUCAUUCAUUUGAAGAACAACUUGAACGUACAGAAGAACGUUUAGUUCAAACAACAAAUAAACUUGAUGAAGCAUCACAUACAGCUGAUGAACGAGAACGAUCAAGAAAAAUGCUUGAAAAUCAAUUAAAUCUUGGUAGUGAUCGUACAGAACUACUUGAAAUGCAAUUAAAAGAAGCUCGUGCACUAGCAACAGAAUCUGAUAAAAAAUAUGAUGAAGUAGCACGAAAAUUAUUAAUUCAUGAAAAUGAACUUGAAAAAGCAGAAGAACGUGCUAAACGAGCAGAAACGAAAUGUACUGAUUUAGAACAAGAAAUGAAAAAUCUUCAUCAUCAAUUAAAAUCCUAUUUGGCUCGUAUUGAUGAUGCUCAAAAUAAAGAACAAACAUGUGAAGAUCAAAUUCGUCGUCUUUCUCAACAUUUAAAAGAUGCUGAACGACGAUCAGAUCUUGUUUUUAAAGAACGAUAUGAUCUACAAAAAGCUGAAACUCGCGCCGAAUAUUCUACCAAACAAGUACAACGACUACAGCGAGAAGUGGAUACACUUGAAGAAGAAUUACAAACUGAACGUGAUCGUUGCAAAACUCUUCAAAACGAAAUGGAACGUUGUUUCUCCGAUUUACAACUACUUUAA